CGCCUUGUCCGGUGGGUAUUAAUUGUGUGUAGUGGUUUUAUAUUUACCACAACCACCACCAACCGGGAACGGUAACUCGUCGUGACUCGACUUCCCACGAGCCCGUAAGGGCUGAAACUUGAGGUUUUAAGCGAAGGUAGGUUUCAUGGAAAUUAAGAAGCUCGAGUUCGAGAUGGAAAUGACACCUGGUUUAUCUGUACAAACCCACCUUUAAACGCAUGAUCAGGCUCAAUUGGCCACCUAAAAGCGUGAUCCACUUUCAGCAAAGCUAGAAGUUAAUAUUAGGGACCUUGGGCUCCUAUGACUACAUGUCGGCCUUGGGAUCACCAAAUCAGAGUUCAUCGGCAAUUGGGACCACUUUCUGUGGCAGCCGACGAUCGUCUGAAAAGCAUGUUCUAGAAGGGAAAUAGAAUAACACACCGGGGCAUGGGCUGAAAGCUUAAUCAGCGUCUAGCUUGAUCCAUCUCAAGGUCGCAGUAUUUUUGGGGGCCAAGUGUAUUGUAAUGUAGUUACGUACAUGUACAGUACAUACAUGGAUGACGCGUACGGAGUUCUAUUCGCUAGGUAAGACAAACGAUUGACCUUUCUCGCCCUUUUCCCAGCAAUGUAUAUAUACAUACGAGUAGUUUCACAUCACCUGGGAGCAACCCGAAUACUACAUUUGAUCAACGAUCCCAUUCAUAUUUUCGAGCACUAGACUGAUAUCGAGUUUGAAAGCAUCUCUUGUUCGCUUUCUCGUUCCCAGACCCUCCCCACGAGCCCGUUGUUUUUGUGUAAAGUGAGGGAAAUGGUCCUUAACGGGAAAUGAUUCACGAGGACGCAAAUGACGUGGCUAAUCCCGCUAGUAGCAUUUGCAGCGGAGGUGAUUGAUAUGAUAUGUAUUGGUACCUGAAGCAACGGCAACAAGGACAAAAGGGCGAAGAGCCUGAUUAACUCCCAGGGAUUAGCGGCGGUACGGUAUAUAACUUGGUAAAUUUAUAGGCGCCUGCACUUCUGGGGCAAUGAACGUCAUCAACAGGGUGGUUUCCUCUCUUCUGUUGUCUAAACUACAUGCUUGAAACGGAAAUAAAGCACAGAAUAGACGUUGCUUGUUCAUUUGUCUCGUUGGAUGUUGGAUGUUGUGAAGAGGGGCCGUUAUGCCAAGCCCAGUAUUCUGCCGACCGCCACCGCCGCACUAGCCGCUUCGGGACAUUCCCACCAACCGCCAACCCUCAACCGUGCCAUCACCACCACUCGCGCAAAAAUCCCACCGCUUGCAGACAACCCUGCCCGCGCUUUCGCCUCUACUUUCUGUCCGGGUUGCGGGACUUUUCUACAGUAAACCAAGUUUCCCACCUCUAUCUCCACACCCCGCCAUCCCACUAAUAUCUCCUUGCUUCAGAAGUCAAUCGCAUCCCCCAUCAACGAACAUUUAAAUACCCCCCGGAAACCCAAAGCACAGAGUCGCGCUGUGAUUCGGAAUCUUCUGUAUUGGCGACAGAGGCGCCCUGCCCGAACCUUCUCGUGGAUUUCGUCGUUCGGUGAUAUUUGAAUCUAUAUCAGCCCUCCGCACCACUUCCCCCUUGGGUGUCACCUAUAUCCCUACGAAUAUCUAUCACCAUGGCAUGGCAACCGCAGGAUCAGCCAUUGAGGCAAUUGGCUGGAUUUCUAAAUGAUUCAUUGAACGGAAGCGAUAGCUCUGUCCGAAAACAUGCUGAACAGAUGCUGGUGCAAGCUACCACGUCCCCAGAUUUUGCCAAUUAUCUUACCUACCUGUUCAGCACCCCCCAACCCCCUCCUCAUAUCGGUUUCGAUAAUGAUACUUAUAAUAUCGUUCGGGUCGCAGCCUCAUUGAACCUAAAAACUAAACUUAAAGUCGCAUAUGGAACUGUUACGUCGGAGAGUCUGGCAUAUAUUCGCUCCGCCGCGCUGUCAGUCCUUCAAGAUCCUUCACCACAGAUUCGCAAUUCGGCAGGCUCCAUAAUUGCUGAGAUCGUCGCACGAGGUGGUCUUCUCGCAUGGCCGACUUUACUAGACGAACUCCUUUCCCUUGUCUCGAAUGCUUCGGGGUCCGUGCCAAUUUUAACCCAGGAGGCAGCCAUGUCAGCUCUUGCGAAGGUCUGCGAGGAUAAUAGAAAGCUGUUGGACAAAGAUUUCCAGGGCCAGAGACCGUUAAAUAUUAUUCUCCCAAGGCUAAUGCAAUGCACAUCAAAUCCGAGCCCAAAAAUCCGCGCUAGCGCUUUAUCAACAAUCCACAUGUUCCUUUCUCAAAGGCCGGAUAUUUUAAUUGGCUCGUUGGACACCUUCCUUGAGCAUGUAUUCCAACUUGCCAGCGACCCAAAUACCGAUGUUCGGAGGACAGUAUGCCAAUCCUUUGUUCAGUUAGUGGAUAUUGCCCCAGAUAAACUCGUUCCCCAUAUCGCGGGGCUAGUGGAUUAUGUACUCAUGCAGCAGCAUGAUCCUGAGGACCCGGAAUUGGCUUUGGAUGCAGCAGAGUUUUGGCUGGCCGUUGGGGAACAGAAAAAGUUACAAGAACCCUUGGUGCCGUACUUGGGUAAAAUUAUACCAGUUCUUCUCCGCAGCAUGAUAUAUGAUGAAGACGACGCGAUACUUUUAGCCGGAGAAGAUGAUGACGCAGAAACCGAGGAUAAGGUAGAAGAUCUGAAGCCUCAAUUCGCCAAAUCUAAAGGUUCACGGUUACAGUUCUCCAGUGGUGAUGGCAAGUCCAACGGUGAUGCUGUGGAUAAAACGGUCGCCGACGAUGAUGAUGAUUUGAGUGAGGGAGAAAUUGAAGAUGACCUGGACGAGUUUGGGGACGAUGACCCCGAAGCGGAAUGGACAUUACGUAAAUGCUCGGCGGCCGCGCUUGAUGUUUUCGCCAAUGUAUAUCAUCAGCCUGUAUUCGAAAUAAUAUUGCCAUACCUCAAAGAUAACCUGCGACAUGCUCAGUGGACAAACCGAGAAGCUGCUGUUCUAGCGCUCGGUGCUAUUGCAGAUGGUUGUAUGGAUACCGUUACACCUCAUUUACCAGAGCUUGUUCCUUACCUCAUAUCUCUCCUUUCCGAUCCCGAACCAAUCGUCAGGAAAAUCACUUGCUGGUGCCUCGGAAGAUAUUCAGAGUGGGCUGCGCACCUUGAUGCGACCAAGAAGGCACAGUAUUUCGAGCCGAUGAUGGAAGGGAUUCUGCACAGGAUGCUGGACAAUAAUAAAAAAGUCCAAGAGGCUGCGGCAUCAGCCUUCACGAGUUUAGAAACGAAAUCAGACGCAAACCUUCUGCCCUAUUGCCAACCAAUAUUACGACAGUUCGUUCUUUGUUUCGAAAAGUACAAGGAUCGUAACAUGUACGUGCUUUAUGACUGUGUGCAGACUUUGGCUGAAAGUGUUAUGUCUGAGCUAGCGAAGCCAGAACUGGUGGAGAUUCUCAUGCCUGCGCUUAUCCGACGAUGGAACAAAUUAUCCGACCAGUCCAGAGAGCUUUUCCCCUUAUUAGAGUGCUUGGGCUACGUGGCUGCUGCAUAUGGCGAUGCUUUCUCGCCCUUCGCUCCGCCGAUAUUCGCUAGGUGCAUUAAACUUAUAUACACCAAUAUCCAGGAUUAUCUUACGGCUGUUACUCACAAUACGGGUGAGGAACCAGAUAAAGAUUUCCUAGUAACAAGUUUAGACAUGCUUGGUUCGAUUAUCCAGGCUAUUGAUCCCCAGAAAAGCUCAGAACUAGUGACCACAUCACAGCCCCCAUUUUUCGAGCUUCUCCGGUUCUGUCUUGAAGACCCCAAUUGGGAAGUGCGGAUAUCAUCUUAUGCCCUCCUUGGGGAUUGUGCGAUCAAUAUUUUCCCUACUCUCGAACCCGUCCUUCCUACAGUAAUGCCCAUCCUAAUCAAACAACUUGAUCUCAACUUAAUACGGGACGAUGAGUCUGAGAACGGCCUUCGUGUGAUUAACAAUGCUUGCUGGGCCGCUGGCGAGAUUGCUGCCGUUAGCAAAGCCGGUAUGGUCCCGUUCUUGGAAAACCUCUAUCAAGCCCUCACCACAAUCGUGAGCAAUGAGGAAGUCCCCGAUUCUGUUAACGAGAAUGCCGCGAUGGCAUUGGGCCGUCUGGGAAUUGGAUGCGCUGAGCAGCUUGCCCCGCACUUGAGAGAGUUUGCGGAUAUGUUCCUUCGAUCAAUGGCGAAAAUCGACUUCACCCGCGAGAAGGCGAGUUCGUUCAUUGGGUUCAAUCAAGUCGUCCGGGCAAACCCAAAGGCUAUGGAAAGCUGUCUUUCGGAUUAUUUCCAUGCAAUUGCGGUAUUUCCACAUAAAUCGUUGAAUCAGCCCCACUUUCAGGACUUGCAACAAUCUUUCCAGCAGGUUCUUCAAGGCUAUAAAGACCUAAUCCCGGACUUCAGCUCGUUUAUGGCCUCUCUACCCCCUCCCGUUUCCAGAAAACUCCAAACAGCAUAUCAACUCUGAUAUAUCUAGCACCAAUAUGUCAAUUAUAUUUUUAUCAUAUCUUAUGAGACAAGAGAAUGGCCAGUCAAUUUUAUUAAAAGAAAAGCGUCCUUCCCGACGGCAAUGAAUAAUAUGAUAACACAUUUAUAUCCCUUUUCAUUCAACAUAUUCCUAAGAAGAAGCAGUUUAUAUCAUCGUUUCCCCCAAAACUCUAUAUACUUUAUUUCUCUCCAAUGCAUAUUUUCAAGGGAUCCCUAUUUUCGUUUUACUAACUCUCCACCAUCUCCUUGUUUAACUUUGACUCUCUAAUCUCUAUUUCUUAAGCUCUUGUUCUCUUUCUUGAGGUCUUAUUCUCAUCCGUUAUGUUAUUCCCUGCUUUCAGGUAUAUUUUUCUCGGUUUCAUUCUUAUAUACUCAUGAUGAAGCGUUCGCAGAAGAAAACACACAUGAUUUAUUCUUUUUCUCUCAUAUAUUUUCUCUUACACUUCCUUUAUGAAGUAUUAUGCCAACCCAUGUGGUUGGGCGGAAAGAGCUUGGACUCGGAUUUUCUUGCGAUAUUUUUUUGAGAAAUAUCUGUAAGUGAUGACAUGACGUACGUGCGCAUACGGAGAGCAAACGGAUACCUUGCUGGAUGUAUGGAUGUGUUCUGAUGGGCGCAGUUGGUAUGCUCUGGUAUUGUUCUGUGGGUGCUUUGUAGCAGCCAGUUGACUCAGGAGGCCCCCGGUAUACGAUGCUGGACACCCACCUAGGCCCUGCGUCCAUAUAUGGACAAAGGGAAGCUGCAGAACCCGGUGAGGUUAAUGAAUUAAUGAAUGAUAUAUCUUUCUGCUAUCCGGUUAAAGGGUCAUAGUAAAACUGGCGGAAGAAAGAGAAGGACCUGAUAUGAAGGACGGGAGUAUGAAUGGGACGGGAUAUGUUGGGGGGAAGAGAGACAAAAUAGAUAUCAAUAUCUUAAUCAUCCAUUUCCUUUUAAGGCAGUGUCUGGCUGAAUACGUAGGAUCGUUUUCUAUUUUCUACAGUUUCUUUCUUUAUUUCGUCUCCUCCACCAGUUCAGCCAGCUACUGGGUUUUUACACCUUCAACCCCUUGAUAGGCGACAUCAUCUUCGUCCACACUCUUUUUUGUUCUACCUACCUAUGGACUUUUGUUUUCAUCAUUUUCUUUCCCAGUUUCUCUAUCCCCCUUAGUUCGUUCGUAUUCUAUUCAUCUCUCAGCUUGCGUGCUACAGCGUGGUUGCCCCAUAUUCAGGAGAAGGCAAUGUUGAAUGGGAAUGGAUAGCUUCUCUUCCGUGGCGUUCUAUCUUAGCAGAUAGCCUUGGUAUAUACAUAUAUAUAGGUCAUAUGCCCAUUCUCUUGCUCCAUUUUCUUGCUCCUCUUUAUUUAUUUAUUUUUUGUUAAUGAAUGGACAGAAUAUGGUGGACGCCAGAGCCUGUACCCUGUUUUUCUCCUGUCAAGUUCUUUUAUGACAGGUAUUUCUUAUUUUAAAUAGGUAGAUAGGUAUUUAGAUAGCAUAUUUAUCUUUAAAACUCAUCAGAUUUAUCAUCAUACUCUAA